AUGAUCCGCCGGAAUCGUACAACUGAAACUGAGCUGAAAAGGUCCCAAAACAUAAUAUUACCACGCUACUGGAAAAGGCAGAGGGUUCUUUACAAAUUCGGACAGAAAAUCCUUCAUAACCAAUGGAAUUCCGAUUACAUAUAUACGCGUACCUAUAUAUGUAUUACAUAUUCACUUGAUAAUUGAGAAAAUUUCGUCCUCAACAGCUUCGAAAAUAUUCACAUUUUUCUUAUACGCGAACAACGCGAUAUUAACAACCACAUUGCAAAUCUAAUAUUUUACUUUUAAUAUUAAACCUUUCAAAUUUCUACAAAAUUCUCUAAACGUUCGAUCUCCACAGGUAUAAUCUUUAAUUUCAUUAUCAUAUAUCGUUGAAUCAUCUCCGAUCAUCUUAUUGUUACCAUCUAUUUGCUAGACUGUGGAUGUUCAUGAAAAUUCACAUAUUGGUAUCGUAGAAUCUAAACGAAGAUUUAGAUAUAUAUACUUUAUAUUCCGAACAUUUUCGUACAUUUAAAUUUACAAGAAAUUUAGAGAUGCAAAUUCCCUUUAAUUUCUCUAGAAAGAAAAAAAAGAAGAAGAAAGGUAUGAAAUUCCACAAACAUCCACAGUCCAUCGAUCCAACCUGAUCGGAAAACGAACUCCAAGUGACCGAGUGUCUCGCCCUCGAGAAAUUUCCCAUCUCCGAACUAACUUACCAUUAUCAUAGUUGUCGGAAUGUUCCUCGGUAAUUGCUGACUAACCAGCCAAUAAUCGAAACGUGGCGUUUCCAGUGUGGCGGGCACAGCGGUGUCUGGACAGCAAGCGUGAUCAUACUGUCAAUCGGAACCUGGGUCGGGAAAGUUGGCCCGCGACCAGCCGAUGGCGAGACUGCACACCUGACAUCGCCUAGGGAAAGGUUGGAGACCGUGCGACAGGUUCUUUCCGAGGUGCCUUUGAUCGACGGCCACAAUGACCUGCCGUGGAACAUUCGCAACUUUGUUCACAAUCAACUGGCCGAGUUUGAUUUCGACAAGGAUCUACGACAAGUCGCGCCUUGGAGCAAGAGCGCCUGGAGCCAAACGGAUCUGGUUAGGCUUCGUCAGGGGAUGGUCGGCGGUCAGGUAACUAUCUUGAUUGCAAAUCACUCUGCAUUAUCACUGAUUACUGCAUGCUAACGUAUGACAGUGCGUUAAGUAUUUAGUUACUUAGAUAUGUGGCCCGGAACUUUCUCCAAUGGCCAACAACGACAUAGUUGUCGCCAUCUGCAGCGAAGGCUAG